AUGGCAGACUACAAGCUCAAGUCCGUCACCUCGCUGUCGCUCAAGCCCGGCGACAAGCAGGAGGUCGAGGUCGAGGGCAUCGACGGCGCAAAGGUCCUCCUCGUCAACGCCGGCGGCACCAUCCAGGCCAUCGGCCCCAAGUGCACCCAUUACGGCGCGCCCCUCGUCAAGGGCGUCUUGACCACUUCAGGACGCUUGACAUGUCCCUGGCACGGAGCCUGCUUCAAUGCCAAAACCGGUGACGUCGAAGACGCCCCCGCCCUCGACCUUCUCCCCACCUUCAAGGUCACCGAGCGCGACGGCGCAGUCUACAUCUCGGGCGACGAGGCCACCAUCAAGGCCGGCCGCCGCAAGCCCAACUUCAAGUGCAACUCCACCGGCGCCGCCGCCCAGCCGGACAAGGUUGUCAUCGUCGGCGGAGGCUCCGGCGCCCUCGGCGCCGUCGAGGGCCUCCGCAACGGCGGUUACGACGGCCCCCUGACCAUCAUCUCCUCCGAGGGCUACCUCCCCAUCGACCGCACCAAGCUGUCCAAGGCCCUCCUCACCGACGUCAAGACACUGCAGUGGCGCGACGAAGAAUUUUACAAGUCCGGCUCCGUCGACUGGGUCGCCGACGAGGUCACCGACGUUGACUUCUCCGACCGCACCGUCUCCACCAAGGACGGCGGCAAGAUCCAAUACACCAAGCUGAUCCUCGCCACCGGCGGUACCCCUCGCAACCUGCCCCUCCAGGGCUUCAAGGUCCUCGGCAACAUCUUCACCCUGCGCACCGCCCACGACACUCAAAAGAUCGUCAAGGCCAUCGGCGACAAGGGCAAGAAGAUUGUCGUUGUCGGCUCCUCCUUCAUCGGCAUGGAGGUCGCCAACGCCACCGCCAAGGACAACUCCGUCACCGUCAUCGGCAUGGAGAAGGUGCCCCUCGAGAGGGUGCUGGGCGAGCAGGUGGGAGCCGGCAUCCAGAAGAACCUCGAGAAGAACGGCGUCAAAUUCUACAUGAACGCCGGCGUCGACAAGGCCGAGCCGUCGCCCGAGGACCCCUCCAACGUCGGCGCCGUCUACCUCAAGGACGGCACCAAGCUCGACGCCGACCUGGUCAUCCUCGGCGUCGGCGUCGCCCCCGCCACCGAGUUCCUGCGCGAGAACAAGGUCAUCCGCCUCGAGGGCGACGGCUCCAUCAAGACGAACGAGAACUUUGAGGUCGUCGGCCUGAAGGACGUCUACGCCGUCGGCGACAUCGCCACCUACCCCUACCACGGGCCCGGCGGCAACGGCCAAUACACGCGUAUCGAGCACUGGAACGUGGCCCAGAACGCUGGUCGCGCCGUCGCCAAAAACAUCAUCAACUCGGCCGUCAAGACCGCCCACUUCAUCCCCGUCUUCUGGUCCGCCCUGGGCUCCCAGUUGCGCUACUGCGGAAACACGGUCGGCGGCUGGGACGACAUUGUGCUGCAGGGCAGCGUCGAGGAGUCGGCCUUUGUCGCCUACUACACGAGUGGCGAGACGGUCGUCGCCAUGGCGUCCAUGGGCAAGGACCCCGCCAUGGCCCAGGCGGCCGAGCUGAUGGCACUGGGCAAGAUGCCUUCCAAAUCGGAGCUCGCCAAGGGUCUGGACAUCACGACGAUUGGCCCGCUCGAGGCAUGA